ACUCACACUCCCCUCCAUUUCACCCGGAAACACCGUCACUUAUGUCGUUGAACCCGGCUGCUGCCGAGUGGAAGCCCUCUGCCUCUGCCGCUGUCUUUGUCCCGGCUUCGGUUGCCGCAACCACCACUCCGCCGCCUGCUGCGGAUCCCACGCCCGAGGCCGAGGCCGAGGCUGCUGCUGCUGCUGCUGCUGCUGCCGCUGCCGAGGCUGAGGCUGCUGCCGCUGCCGAGGCUGAGGCUGCUGCCGCUGCUGCUGCCGAGGCUGAGGCUGCUGCCGCUGCUGCUGCCGAGGCUGAGGCUGCUGCCGCUGCUGCUGCCAAGGCUGAGGCUGCUGCCGCUGCCGAGGCCGAGGCUGCUGCCGCUGCUGCUGCCGAGGCCGCUGGCGACGACGCCAAUGCGGCAGACGGUGGCGACGGCGAGGCCGGAGCAUCGAGCUCGGCCAAGAAGGCUGUGGUGAGUGAGCGGGCGGAGAAGCAUGUGAACAUUGUGUUCAUUGGGCAUGUGGAUGCCGGCAAGUCGACGAUCUCGGGCCACAUCAUGUACUUGACGGGUGGGCUGGACCAGCGGACGCUGGACAAGUACGAGCGUGAGGCCAAGGCCAACUCGCGUGAGUCGUGGAAAUACGCGUGGGCGAUGGAUACGACGGAGCAGGAGCGCGACCGUGGCAAGACGGUGGAAGUCGGGCGUGCGUCGUUCUCGACCGGCUCGAAGCGGUUCACCAUUCUAGACGCGCCCGGGCACAAGGCGUACAUCCCGCACAUGAUUGGCGGAGCGUCGCAGGCAGACGUGGGCGUGCUUGUUGUCUCGUCGCGGAAGGGCGAGUUUGAGACCGGGUUUGACCGCGGCGGGCAGACCCGCGAGCACGCGAUGCUUGCCAAGACGGCCGGCGUCAAGCAGCUCAUUGUGGUGAUCAACAAGAUGGACGACGAGUCUGUCAACUGGUCGAAGGACCGGUUUAUGGAGAUUGUGAAGAAGAUCAAGCCGUACCUCAAGGGGGUCGGGUACUCCAAGUCCGACCUUGUGUUCAUGCCUGUCUCGGGCCUUGCCGGGUACAACCUCAAGGAGCCGAUUCCUGAGGGCCUCUGCCCAUGGUACAAGGGCCCGCCGCUUCUCACGCUCCUUGAGCAGCUGCGGCCGCCGCAGCGGCUGAUGGACGCCGCGCUGCGGCUCCCGAUUGCCGACUCGUACCGCGACAUGGGCGUGGUGGUGAUGGGCAAGCUCGAGGCCGGUACGAUUGCCAACGGUGCCAACCUGGUCCUCAUGCCGAACCAAAUGCCGGUCGAGGUCAUUGGCCUGUGGAUCGACGAGUACGAGGUCGAGGUGGGUGAGCCAGGCGACAACCUUAAGAUCAAGCUCAAGGGUGUGGACGAGGGCGAUGUCAAGAACGGGUUUGUGCUCUGCGAGCCCGACAACCUCGUCUCGUACGUCACCGAGUUUGAGGCGCAAGUCAUGCUCCUUGACAUUACCAACAUCCUCGCGCCAGGCUUCAAGUGCAUCCUCCACGUCCACGCGUGCGUGGAGGAGGUCGAGUUUGCCAAGCUCGUCUCGGUCAUCGACCGUAAGACCGGCGAUGUCGUCCAGACCCGCCCGCGCUUUGGCAAGCAGGGCCAAACCAUCAUCGCGCGGCUUAAGACCGAGCAGCCGAUCUGUGUCGAGACCUACGCUGACUUUGCCCAGCUCGGCCGCUUCAUGCUCCGCGACGAGGGCAAGACCAUUGCCGUCGGCGUCAUCAAGUCGCUCGGCAAGAAGAAGAAGCGCCGGAAGAACAAGGAUGCGGCGGCGGCUUCGUCAUCUGACACGGCGACGGGUGCGGCUGCCGAGGCGGACUCUGUGGAUCUGUCUGAUCCUUCGACGCUGUUCUCGCCCGAGUUUCUGGCGGGGCGGCUGUCUGCGAGCCAGCUGAGGACGCGGCUGGAGGCGGUGUCCAAGGCGCUGAGCGUGGCGGCGGAGAACGAGGUGGACUUGCGGGCCGGACAUGGGCCUGGGCUGGAGGCGCUUGCGGAGGCGCUUGUGGACUCGCGGGUGGUCAAGUCGAGCGACCAAGGCCUUGUGGUGACGGGUGCGCUGGUGCUUGCGCAGCUGCUGCGUGUGUACGCGCCGCACGCGCCGUACUCGUCUGCGGGCGAGAUCAAAACCAUUUUCACACUCUUCCACAAGGUGCUCCGUAACCACCUGACGGCUGACUCGCCGCUGUACCCGCGGGUCUUUGCACUGCUGGAAGAGCUUGUGCGGACGCAGACGUACAUUCUGCUUAUCGAGUUUGAGCUUCACGACCAGGUGCUCGAGCUGUACCGGCUGGCGUUUGAGCUCGCACCCCAACUGCGGGCUGACCAGAGCCACAUCAAGGCGUACCUUGUCUCGAUUCUGACGUCGCUUGUGGACGAGUCUGAUGCGGUGUCGCAGGAGGUGCUCGACGAGAUUUUUACGCAACUGCUGCCGGCGCAGGCGCAGCAGGCUGCGGCGGCGCACGAGCUUGCGCUGAUGCUGGUGCAGAAUGUGUCGACGCGGCUGCAGCCGUACGUCACAUCGUGGCUCCACGACGUGCUUCUUGCGGGCAAGACGAGCGAGUACGAACUUGCGGAUGAGGCAGCAUCGAUUGUGUUUGCGCUGUAUGCGGCGGCACCGUCGAUUCUGCUGUACGUGCUUCCGCAGCUGGAGGAGCACCUCAAGACGGAAGACGAGGAGCAGCGUGUCGGGCUUGUGGAGCUGGUGGGCAACCUUGCUGCGCUGAAGGCGCCUCGCGGCGGGUCGCUGUACGAAAAGUAUCCGCCGCUGUUUGGUGUGUUCAAGGACCGGUUCCGCGACAUCUCAAGCCGGGUGCGGACGGCGAUGGUCUCGAUGACGGCCGCGAUUCUGAGCGCGAAUGGGGCCAAGGUGCAGGCGGAGCUGACGCCGCUGCUGCUGGAGCGGCUGGAGGAUACCGAUGCCGGGGUGCGGAUUGCAGCUAUCGAGGUUGUGGCGCAGCUGGCGUCGAGGCCUGCGACGGCAGCGGCGUUUGCCGAGCCGCUGCUGCAGGUCGGGUCGCGGCUGCUGGACCGCAAGCCCGCGGUGGCCAAGGCAGCGAUGGGCGCGCUGGCGCGCGCGUACGCGGUCUACCGCGACGCGUUUCUGGACGACACGCUCGCUGCAGACGCGCCGCAGCUGGACUGGAUUCCGGGCUCGAUUCUCUCGCUGGUGUCGAACAUUGCGCUGACGCUUGGUGACGGCGACGUGGGGUUUGGCGGGCCGAUGAACGACGGCGAGCUGGAGACGCUUGCGUCGCUCUCGGGCAACGACGCGGAGCUGUCGAGUCUCCGGUUUGAGAUUGAGGCUGUGUUUGACGAAGUUAUUCUGCCUGGCGGCGAGGGCGGUGGGCGCGAGCUCGACGCUGCGGACCGUGCCGAGACGCUGCUGUUUGUGUUUGACACUGCGCCGCUGGUGGCGCGCAAGGGUCUGGAGCUGCUGUUCCGACAGAGGGCACAGUUUUAUGUCGUGCUCUCGGCGUACCUCAAGCUGCGGAUCGCUGUUGGGGCGCUCGGGGCGAUGGUGGUGGGCCACACGCGGGCGCGAACUAGCGAGGUCCUCCGCGAGCUGCACAAGGUGGUGGACGGCAACGUGUUCAAGCUGCUGGCCAAGCUUCUGGACCCGGGACUCGAGCUAGGGAGCGUGGCUGCGGCGCGGGAGGAGUUUGUCAAGGCGGCAGUGGCGGGGGCGACGGUGAAGGGCGCCGGGCGGCGUGCGGCGUUUGUGGACGUGAUGACCCAGAUUGCGCGCAAGGCGGCGAACCCGUACUGCGCGACCGAGGUGCUCGCGGUGCUGCUUGCGCAGAUCGAGGGGAUCCGAAGCAAGUUUGCGAGCGGGGUGCACGAGGCGGGCGGGGCGGAGCCACUGGCGGGCAUGGCGCUCAAGGAGCGCGUGGCCGGACUUGUGGUCUCGCUCUCGCUGACGUCGCUGCUGGGGCGGAGCUUCCCGCAUGCGUUUGCCAACGAGCACGCGGCGUUUCUAGCGCUGCUCGAGCCGGCGCACGCCGAGUCGGACCCGCUUGCGCGGCAGGUUGGGCUCGAGCUCCUCUUGGCGACGGGCAUGUGGCUCGACCGCGAGUCUGACGAGCACACCCAGCUGCCGGAAGCGCUGGCGGCGCUUGUAGAUGGGGCCAGCUGUGCAGAAGCGCAGCUGAUGGUUCGGGUUCUCGCCAAGACGCACAGCGGCGAGAGUGAUGCGGUGCAGCCGCUGGUGGAUGCCGUGGUGGGGUGUGCGGCGGGCGGAGCGAGCGGGGCGUGGAGCGUUGCGCGGAAGCGUGGGGCCGUGCCUGCGCUGCUCGCGGCAUGGGCCGAGCUCUCGCUGCGGUUCCCGGCUGCGCUGCGUGUGGCGUUGGACGCUGUGCUCCUGCCGUUUGCCAAGGCGCUGUUGGAGCUGCCGGGCGGGUUUGUGGAGGGCGAGGAGCUUGCAGCACUGCACGCGAGCGGGCUCGCCGACGAAGUCCGCGAAGACUCGAGCAGCUUUGCGGGACUUGUGCGCAAGGCGGCAGGCGGAUCGCGCAAGGCGGCAGACACGGUGCGGCUGACGUGGAGCGAGGUGCCGAGCUACGGGACGCUUGUUAAGACGCGUGCGAUUGAGGCGCUAGCGUCGCUGGCGAUCGGGAGCGUGACGAGUGACGAGUACGUGAGCUCGCGCGACAUGCCUGUUGUCGAGUUUUGUGUCGAGGUGCUUGCGGCGACGCUGGAGGGCGUGAUGGACGAUGAGUCGGCGGAGGCUGGGCGUGUGCGGCUUGAGGCUGUGAAGGCGAUCCUGCGGCUGGACACGCUGCAGCUGCGGGUGCGGUUGGCGCCUGUGCUCAUUCGCGCACGUGUGUACGCGCUUGUGGCGCUGUGCAUGCAGGAUCCUGUGUUUGAGGUGCGCAAGCUUGUAGCGCGAGCGAUUUUCGAGGCGAUCAACCACGCGGCGCUGUCGACCAAGUACGCGGCGCUGCUGACGCUCGCGGUGGUCGACCCUGAGCGGGACAACCAGGAUGCUGCGGCUAAGUACCUCAAGGCCGUGGUCAAGUCGCGGAGUGCCGAGGCGGCGCGAGUGGUGGGCAGGCCUGCGGUGCACGCGUCUGUGGCGCCCGAGUACGCGCUGCCGUACUUUGUGCACAUGCUCGCGGGCCACCCCGACUACUUUGACGACGACCUCGAUCACUUUUGCCAGUACUUGACAGCGCUCAUCGAGGCGCUCACGCACCGUGGCACCAACUUUGGGUUUGUGCACACGCUCCUGACGACGAUGCUCGCGACGGAGGACGCGUCCGGGGCGCAGCCGCCGCUCACGCCGCGGAUCUACGCACUCGUGGAGAUGGCGCUCCGCAUCCUCAAGGCCGAGACGGACCGGCGGUCGUGGAAGCUGGCGGCCCACCCCGGGCAGAUCAUGCUGCCAUCUGCGCUGUUCCGGGCUGCGGCAGCACCGGCACGGCUCGACGAGACGCACUCGUACCUCCCGACCGAGUUCCAUCUCCCGCAGCAUGCCUCGCGGCGCGACAUCAUUGUGGGCAAGGCGGCGCCGCCGAUGACAUCUGACUCGCCGAAGAAGGCCUCGCUCGGGCGGCUCUCGUUUGCCGACUCUGUAGCGACGAGUGCAUCGCUCGCGUCGCCGUCACGGCCGCGACUGGCAGCCGCCGAGGCGCAGCGGCGGCGCAAGCGCAAGAUUGUCAACUCGGAGAAUAACCCCAACGUGUCCAAGGUCUCGCGCGGGCUCGGCUCGCCGCCGUCCCCGGGCUCGGCCCGGCAGAAUCGGUCGAACUUGUCCAAGUCGCCGGUCCGCCGGCCGGUCCAGCCGACGCCGACCCCGCCACGUGCGUGA